CCGGCUGGGCAGGGGUCGGCGGAGGCAGGGGCAGAGCUCUGGGACCCGGGGACUCGGGCCCAGGGCUGGCGGCUGGCCGGGGCAGCGGGGCGGUAGGGUGCACGGAGGCCCGAGGGUCCCGCAGGGUGAGGCCCCCAGGCAAGCUGCGGCAAGUGUCGCCCGCGACGGGCUCGCGCGCCCGUGCCCGCGCGCGGCCCAAGAUGGCGCCUCUCCGCGCUACCUCCCCAACCCCCCCGCCCCGCGCGCGCCUCCGACGCUCGGGGCGCGGCCCCGCGGCCCGCGCGCUCCAGGGCGGGGGAUGUUGUGAUGGAGAAGCCGCCGCGGAGCCGGAGCCCCGCAGUCUGAGCCACCUCCGCCACCUGGGCCUGGGGCCUCCCCACGCAGGAUCUGCCAAGGCCAUGUCUGUUCCGUCAUCACUGAGCCAGUCGGCCAUUAAUGCCAACAGCCACGGAGGCCCCGCUCUGAGCCUACCCCUGCCCCUGCACGCUGCCCACAACCAGCUGCUCAACUCCAAGCUGCAGGCCACGGCUGUGGGACCCAAGGACCUGCGCAGUGCCAUGGGGGAGGGGGGUGGGCCUGAGCCAGGCCCUGCCAAUGCCAAGUGGCUAAAGGAGGGCCAGAACCAGCUCCGGCGGGCUGCCACAGCCCAUCGUGACCAGAACCGCAACGUGACCUUGACCCUGGCAGAGGAGGCCAGUCAGGAGCCUGAGAUGGCACCUUUGGGCCCCAAAGGCCUGAUGCACCUGUACUCUGAGCUGGAGCUCUCUGCCCACAAUGCGGCCAACAGAGGGCUCCGAGGAUCUGGCCUGAUCAUCAGCACCCAAGAGCAGGGGCCGGAUGAAGGAGAGGAGAAGGCGGCAGGGGAGGCCGAGGAGGAUGAUGAGGAAGAGGACGAGGAGGAGGAGGAGGAGGACUUGUCUUCUCCCCAAGGGCUGCCUGAGCCCCCGGAGAGUGUGGAGGUGCCCCCCAGACCCCAGGCCCUUGCCGACGGUCCCCGAGAUCACAGCAAGAGUGCCAGCCUCCUGUUUGGCAUGCGGAACAGUGCGGCCAGUGACGAGGACUCAAGCUGGGCUACCUUAUCCCAGGGUAGCCCCUCCUACGGCUCCCCGGAGGACACAGCAGAUUCCUUCUGGAACCCCAACGCCUUCGAGACGGAUUCCGACCUGCCGGCUGGAUGGAUGAGGGUCCAGGAUACCUCAGGGACCUACUACUGGCACAUCCCAACAGGGACCACCCAGUGGGAGCCCCCGGGCCGGGCCUCUCCCUCACAGGGGAGCAGCCCCCAAGAGGAGUCUCAGCUCACUUGGACAGGCUUUGCCCACAGAGAAGGCUUUGAGGAUGGAGAAUUUUGGAAGGAUGAACCCAGUGAGGAGGCUCCUAUGGAUUUGGGACUGAAGGACCCUGAGGAGGGGACAUUGCCCUUCCCAGCUCAGAGUCUCAGCCCAGAGCCAUUACCCCAAGAGGAGGAGAAGCUGCCCCCACGGAAUGCCAACCCAGGGAUCAAGUGUUUCGCCGUGCGCUCCCUAGGCUGGGUGGAGAUGACUGAGGAGGAGCUGGCUCCUGGACGCAGCAGCGUGGCUGUCAACAACUGCAUCCGGCAGCUCUCCUACCACAAAAACAAUCUGCACGACCCCAUGUCUGGGGGCUGGGGGGAGGGAAAGGACCUGCUGCUACAGCUGGAAGACGAGACACUAAAGCUGGUGGAGCCGCAGAGUCAGGCCCUACUGCAUGCCCAGCCCAUCGUCAGCAUCCGCGUCUGGGGCGUCGGGCGGGACAGUGGAAGAGAGAGGGACUUUGCCUACGUAGCUCGCGAUAAGCUGACCCAGAUGCUCAAGUGCCACGUGUUUCGCUGUGAGGCACCUGCCAAGAACAUCGCCACCAGCCUGCAUGAGAUCUGCUCUAAGAUCAUGGCCGAAAGGCGUAAUGCCCGCUGCUUGGUCAAUGGACUUUCCCUGGACCACUCUAAACUGGUGGAUGUCCCUUUCCAAGUGGAAUUUCCAGCACCUAAGAAUGAGUUGGUACAAAAGUUCCAAGUCUAUUACCUGGGGAAUGUGCCUGUUGCUAAACCUGUUGGAGUGGAUGUGAUAAAUGGGGCCCUGGAGUCAGUCCUGUCCUCCAGUAGCCGUGAGCAGUGGACCCCAAGUCACGUCAGUGUGGCUCCUGCUACCCUUACCAUCUUGCAUCAGCAGACGGAAGCAGUGCUGGGGGAAUGUCGGGUGCGUUUCCUCUCCUUCCUGGCGGUGGGCAGAGAUGUCCACACAUUUGCAUUCAUCAUGGCUGCCGGCCCAGCCUCCUUCUGCUGCCACAUGUUUUGGUGUGAGCCCAAUGCUGCCAGCCUCUCAGAGGCUGUGCAGGCUGCGUGCAUGCUCCGCUAUCAGAAGUGUCUGGAUGCACGCUCCCAGGCCUCCACCUCCUGCCUCCCAGCACCCCCUGCUGAGUCUGUUGCCCGGCGUGUAGGGUGGACUGUCCGCAGGGGCGUUCAGUCGUUGUGGGGUUCCCUCAAGCCCAAACGCCUGGGGGCCCAUACCCCCUGAAGCCCUCAGUUCUCCUUCCACCUGCUUGCGUUGGGUCCCAGGGAACUCAAGGGUAUGGGGCAGGGAGGGGCCCUGGAGGCUAUUGUUAGGCCUCAGCACCACCACCCACCCACCCCCGCCCACCAAAGUGGCCCCUCCCCAGUAGCUGGGGUUCCCUGCUUAGGGGCUGGGGAGAGAGAGACCUAAUCCCUGCAAGGAAGUGACAAUACUGGAUUGAUAAGGGGAGCUAGAAGCAAAGCCAGCCCCUGGCUCUCCACCCCCACAUUUCAGGUGGAGCAGGAGGAACUGGUCUAGGCCAGGCCCCAUCUUGGUAGGGUCCAGCAGGGGCAGGAGGGGACUGGUUCAGGCAUGGGUCCCCUCCCCCCUGUUCCAUGAGCACCUCUGCUGUACUGAUAUCACUAAUAAAGUCUGUCUGCCCUGCUAA